ACAGAAAUAUAAACGAAGAAGAGAGAACAGCCGGUGGGUACAACGGCCUCCACUACCAAAACCCCCCCAAAUACAAUCACAUCUUUCAUUUUCUUACCACCAAACACACCUUUAAAACAUCACUCCCUCCAUUUUUACUUCCCUUUUACUUCUUCUUCCUCUGUUCUUCCCCAAUUUUAUCUCUCCUCUCUUUCGACACACCAUUCCAUAAUCGUACUACUGCAACUUUUUUUUUUUAUUAUAGUAUUGCGUUUCGAGUAAUCUCAACGCCAUUUCUACGAACUCCAAUUUAUUACGAUCAAUUCUUUAAAUAGAAAUUUAGCUGUGUAUGCUGAGAUAAGCAAUCAUCAUAAGAAAAAAAUCAUGAGUUCGCAGUUGGAGAUUCAACCUCGUGAGCUUAAAUUCGUUGUAGUUGAAUUGAACAAACAAAGCAAGUGUACGGUUCGUCUCAGCAACAAAACUGAUCAAUAUGUUGCUUUCAAGGUUAAGACUACAUCGCCGAAGAAAUAUUGUGUGCGGCCUAACGUUGGUGUCAUUCAGCCGAAAUCAAUUCAUGAAUUUGUUGUCAUUAUGCAAGCUCUGAAAACAGCUCCUGUUGAAACAACAUGCAAAGACAAGUUCCUGGUUCAAAGCACAAUUGUCCCUGAAGGAACAGUGGAAGAGGACAUUACAUCUGAAAUGUUCUCUAAGGAUGGUGUCAGAUACGUGGAAGAGAUAAAAAUGAGAGUGAACCUUGUUGUCCCACCCCCUAAAUCUCCAGAGUUGUUACCCCUCAACGGAACGCUGAAGCAGGCUGAUGAGCAUGUCGAGUCAAAAACAGUGAAUAAGGAGGAGUUGAAGCCAGUGAAGGAUGCGGAUGUAGCUCGACCUCAGGAUAUGAAUUUAGAACCAAUUAAGCAGAUGAAAUUUGAUCUAAGCAAGGCUGUUGACUCAGCUGUGGAAAAAGAUGUGGAGUCAGAACUCACUAAGGAAAUAGAACCAAUAAUAAGAAACAAUGAGGAACCAAAAGUAAUUGCAUCGAGAACCUCAAUGAAUGAGGAACAAAGAUUGUCCAAGGAUGUCAAUGAGAUGAAAUCAAAACUGCGUGAACUUGAGUUGAAAUUAAGCAAGGCAGAAGUGAAUGUUUCAAAUCUGACAGAAGAGAGGAGGCUGGUCAUUCAAGAGAGGGAGAAUUUGAAACAAGAAAUGGCUUUUCUAAGAUUGAAAAAAGUAGAAAGAAGAGUGCAGGAUGGAUUUCCGCUUCUGUUUGUCUGCAUGGUAGCACUAAUCAGUCUUAUUGCUGGGUAUGGCUUUCAUCCCUGAGAAAACUAGUGUUUGAGGCCUGAGCAUGAACCACAUUCUUAGCCUCUUCCUGUCUUCUUCUAAUACAAAAAGAAUAGAUGAGGCAUCCUUUGGUCAGCCUAGUUUGCAGAGCCGGCGGGAUAACUUGAGAUGAUAGUUUUGGCAACUUGAGGUAUUGUGUAUAUGUUAGAAUUUCAAGGUGAUAUUAUUUGUACAUGACCAUACGUCCCCCCUCCCCCUUCUCUUUAGAUUACUCUUUUGAGAUAAUGAGAAUAAUUCAGGUAUAUGAACAUAAAGGUUUGCUGUGUGUGUGAUCCUAAUAUAGAUUAAGUAUGUGUGUUUGGACUCUUGUUGCAAAUAUUAGGAUUUUCAAUAUUAGGGAUUGGAUGUUACCAUAAUGAUAAGUGGAAUGUAAACUAUCUUUUCCAUUUCCCAAUCUUA